AUGGAGUCGUCGAACAUGAAGCUACUCGGCCUAGAGGCCGUCCGCGACCGAGCCCGUGUUGUCCUGGACCAAGCCGAGCAAGGCAAACUGCACCACUACGACUAUCACCCUGAUCGUCUGGACGCGACCGUAGACUACGUCGUGAACAUCAUCAAGCGCGACUUCGGCCCCGACCGAUACGACCAGAUCCCUCCCCACGGUCGCUGGCAGCACUUCGAAGUCGGCGGGGAGCCUCGACUGCAGCAACUCCUCGAGCGCUGGGACCAAGCCGGGUACGACGACAAGGAGAAAGUGCGGAGUCUCCUGGACCUGUUCUUCGUGUCGGUGCUCUUGGACGCCGGAGCGGGCGAUACCUGGCGGUAUGUCGAGCCUGGCUCGGGGAGCGUGUAUACGCGCAGUGAGGGGAUCGCCGUUGCCUCGCUUUACAUGUUCCUGGAUGGAGACUUUGCCAACAAGGGGUCGGAGAGAAAAGAUAUCGUGCAUGGGGAGGCUUUAACGAGCCUUACGGUCGAUGUCUUGACUCGAGGCUUCCAGGUGGAUGACACGAGCAACCCACUCGUGGGUGCUGGCGCGCGUAUAGCGAUCCUGCAGAGACUGGGACAGUCGUUGACCAGCCUUCCGGAAAUCUUCGGGCCCUCCGGUCGCCCUGGCCAACUUCUUGACCAUCUUCUGUCCUCGGGCGGCGAGAACCUGGAUUACAGUCAGCUAUGGGCCGUGCUGCAACGGACCCUGAUUCCCAUCUGGCCGUCCGACCGCACGCGCGUCCGCGGACACCCCGUCGGCGACGCUUGGCCGCUGCCCGUCCUGGCCGAGUCCGCACAGUUCUCAACGUCAGACCCGGAAACGGCCGCCAUCCAGCCCUUCCACAAGCUGACGCAGUGGCUGGCCUACUCCCUGAAAGUGCCCUUCGAGCGUAUACUGAAAGUCACUUGGAAAAAUGCGGAGUUGGGCACCGGCCUGCCCGAGUACCGCAAUGGCGGCCUGUUCAUCGAUAUGGGGGUUCUGACACUCAAGCCCGAGGCGAGGGAGCGGGGUCUCCGCACUUCGGGGUCUGAUCUGCCGUGCUUCGCGGUCGGAGACGGCGAGAUUGUCGAGUGGCGCGCGAUGACGGUCGCUCUGUUGGACGAGUUGCACCAACGUAUCCUGCGCAGUGGGAAAUUGGGGAGUGUCCGCUUGACGUUGCCGCAGAUGUUGGAGGCGGGCUCGUGGAAGGCCGGGCGCGAGCUGGCGGCAGAGAAGCGUCCGCACACCAAGUCAAGCCCGAUCUUGAACUCGGGGGACGGCACUUUGUUCUAG